CAAUGGACAGCACCACAAAGACUCAGUGAUCCCUCGCAUUGCCCGGACUCUUGACAGAAACCACAGUUGACAGGCAAUCACAUCUUUCUCAGUAUAGGGACAUCUAGAGAAAGUGGAAAAGUGAGACCGAGAGCAAGAAAGCGAAAGCGCUUUGUGGACUACCCCCCUUAAAAAUAAAUAAGGUUUUGAAUCUGCCUAAACAGGCAUUUUCAUUUACACAUCUUGUGUUGCUCUAAAGACAGAAUCCGCGCAAUGGAAGAAGACAUGGAUGAGGGGCAGACCCAGAAAGGAUGCCUUGAAUGCUGCAUCAAAUGCCUGGGUGGGAUCCCAUACCCAUCUCUUAUAGCCACCAUCUUGCUGUAUGCUGGCGUGGCUCUGUUCUGCGGCUGUGGACAUGAGGCCCUGUCUGGUACCGUCACCAUCCUCCAGAACUACUUUGAGGUAGUUCGGAGCCCUGUGGAUGCAUUGGACGUCUUCACCAUGAUUGACAUUGUCAAGUACGUGAUCUACGGCAUUGCUUCGGCUUUCUUCGUCUACGGCAUCCUGCUGAUGGUGGAGGGCUUCUUCACCAGUGGAGCCAUUAAAGAUCUGUAUGGAGACUUCAAGAUCACCACCUGCGGGCGCUGUGUCAGCGCAUGGUUCAUCAUGCUGACAUACAUCUUCAUGCUGGCUUGGCUCGGAGUGACUGCUUUCACCUCCCUCCCAGUCUUUAUUUAUUUCAACAUCUGGAAUAUUUGCCAAAAUGCUACCGUGCUGGAGGGGGCCACACUCUGCCUGGACCCACGCCAGUAUGGUAUUGUGCCAAUUGCUGAGGCGAAAACAGUGUGUGCUGGAUCAGAGAAAUUCUACAAGAUGUGUGAAUCCAAUGAGCUGGACAUGACAUUCCACCUGUUCAUCUGUGCCCUCGCUGGAGCAGGAGCUGCUGUUAUUGCUAUGAUCCACUACUUAAUGGUGCUGUCUGCCAACUGGGCCUACGUGAAGGAUGCCUGCCGGAUGCAGAAAUAUGAGGACAUCAAGUCUAAGGAGGAGCAGGAGCUUCAUGACAUCCACUCCACUCGCUCCAAGGAGCGUCUCAACGCCUACACAUAAAGACCAGCGUGAGGCAUGGCCCUGCCACUCCGGCCUCUCUCCCCCCUCUCUCUCUCUCUCUCUCUCUCUCUCUCUCUCUCUCUCUCUCUCUCUCUCUCCUGUCUUUCUAUCUGUCCGUCUCUACCAUCCCCUCCCGAGGGGGGGGCGGAUGGCGCCUAGGGCCCUCGCCACU